AAACCUGCUCGACUGAUGAAGCCCACUCUUAUACCAAAGGUCGAAGAAAUGUGUGAGGAAUUCGUAUCAAAUUUCAUUCGUCAUAGUUACCAGAAUAUGCCACCCGAAAAACUUAUCCAUAAUGAAACUUGGAAAGAAUCCGAGGAGAAAAUAUCAGACAUCGCAAAAAAACUUUUUUCCCUUCUCGAAGAUAUUUGGAAUAAUCCAAUCUUUAGUUCUGAACUUGCAAAAUCGUUGAAUGAAGACACCUAUCAAUCGACAGUCAUUUUAUUAUCAAUUCAAGUGGUAUUAAAAAAUCUUCCUUUUAGAUUGUCUUCAUUUAUCAGUACGUCAGAACAGCAAAGUAUUACUAGCGCCGAUAGAAAGGUUCUUAAACCAGACAAAGAUCAAUUUGGAGUAGUUGGAGUGCAAGUAGUGGGAAAUAUGUUACAUCUGAACGUUCUUGUCAGGGAUAGAGCUAAUGUACAUCGAUAUUACCAUCUACAAUCUGCUGAAAUUCCUGUAUAA